AUGUCGGGCCUCGAAAAGUCAUUGUUCCAGCUCAAAUUCACCGCCAAGUCGCUGCAGCGCCAGGCACGCAAGGCUACCAAGGACGAGACGGCGGAAAAGGCCAAGCUGAAAAAGGCGCUGGCGCAGGGCAAUACGGAGGGUGCACGCAUCUAUGCAUCCAAUGCCAUCCGCAAGAAGAACGAGUCGCUGAAUCUGCUGCGACUCGGCAGCCGCAUCGAUGCUGUGGCCAGCCGCGUCGAGACGGCGGUGACGAUGCGGCAGGUGUCCGGCAGCAUGGCGUCGGUGGUGAAGGGCAUGGACAAGGCGAUGGAGAGCAUGAACCUCGAGCGCAUAUCCAUGGUGAUGGACAAGUUCGAGACGCAGUUCGAGGACAUGGACGUGCAGACGUCCUACAUGGAAGGCACCAUCGGCGCCACCACGGCGCAAUCCAUGCCGCAAGACCAGGUGGACCUGCUCAUGCAGCAGGUCGCGGAUGAAAACGGCAUCGAGAUCAACCACAAAUUGGGCGAGGGCGGCCUGCUCGAGGGCAAGGUGGCCGAUCUGGCUCCCAAGGUGCCGGACAGCAAGGUCAAGGACAAGGAAGACGAUGCGCUCGCCGAGCGUCUGCGCGCUCUCCGUCCCGCCACCUAG